UCACCGUCAUCGACGAGGUGAUGGUCACAUGGAUAAUGUUUGGCUACCGUCGUCCUAUUCAUUCUUCAUUGGCACCAUUUCCCUUCACUUUGAUUAUCGAUCCCUCCUUCUUUGAAACGCUGUUUUUCUCGUCCAUUGUGUUUCUUCCCUCCCUUUCUCCUUUGUCUUUAUCUUCCCCUGACUAUCCCUCCUCUCCCUCCCACUCCCCUCUGAAACGAGCACGGAUCUCCCCGCAAACUUAGCCUUGAUUGCUCAUCGUCAUGUUUUGGUCCUUGAUUUAGGACAUUCCUUCUAGUAUAAUCUUGGAGUUACGUGGUUGUGAGAGGUUGACCCAGCAAGACCGAUCACUGUUGCCUUUGGGACUCAUUUUCUCUCCUCUAUUUCUAUCAGUCCCACCUCCGCCAACCCUCCUUACACGACAACAAUUUUCGAUACACGUCUUCAGUCCUCAGAUCAUGAUCCGUCGCAACUCCGAUAUAGAGAUCCAGCUCCCCGAUGCUGGCCCGGCUGUCGCCUCCGAUCUUGUAGAUGAAGCGGACGUGGAAAUGCUUUCCGAGGAACCAGCGCCGCCGCUGAGCUUACCAGCCCAUAUCGCCGCCCGUUUCUACCGUAAAUCCAGCGCUGCAAGACGCUCCUCUGUGGCAUCAUCACGACGAAGCUCAGUAUCUUCCCUGCAUUCACAGCAUUCGAACGCGUCAGUCCAUGGCGCAUCACCCGCAGACCACAUCGCGCAACACCUCCGCCGGACCUCCAUACUCGAAAGUCGCAAAGCCAGGCUCGCAGACCGUGCUUUGCAUGCGGAGAAAGUGAGGCUACGUGCCACCUUGGCAAAAGCAGCUACCAGGAACCUGCACAGGGAGGAAAGAGCGCUGGCUGCCCAACAAGCUCGCGAACGACUUUUGGCUGAGAUCACGGCCAAGUGCGAGGAAGAAGUCCGACGGGCAAAGAAAAAGGCCGAAGACAACAGGGAGAAAAAGGCUGCAGAACACGCCCGGCUCCGGUUGGAGAUGGCGGAGAAGUUUGCUGAGGCGGAGAAACGUCGCACGCUUUAUCAACAGACUCAUCGGCGCCAUCGUACGAGCAGCUUGCCCACCGCCGAAGAAAAGAAGAUGGCUGGUGAGGUCACCAGAUCGCUUACUCAAGAUGCUGCGGCGAAGAAGAUCCAGCGGAUAUGGAAGGCCUACUACGCGAAGAUGGUCAUGCAGCAAUUCUUGUCUCUAAAUGUCAGUGUCGAACGCAUUCGCAGCCUAUCUUUCGAGGAUGUUGGAGAGUUACUCUCAAAUGAGGGGGUGCUGAGCACCAUGACUCGAGUUCUUCGGCUCUGUGGUCUUCAGGACAUGGAAAGUAGCACAAUGGGGGCGAGGGGUGCAGUGCGCACAUUCCUUAGCAGCUACCUUAUCGUAACGCAUCCGGCCGAGGUUCUAAGCAAUAUCGGUGAGCAGGAACAGGACCUAAUCGCCAAGGCGCGGGAGCUUCUCGUCGCUUUUGAACAGAUUGCGCCUUUACUCUCGUCCGGCUGUUGCUCACCAUCUGCAAUUUCCACAGAUCUUCAAACAUUGUGUGAGGCAUACAAUGUGUUUUUCUCUGCAUUCCAUGCGUGGAAAUCCCAUGAUUCAAGCGUUCUGAUCGAGAUCAUGCUUGCUCAAUUCAUUGAACUAGAAUUAAUAUGGCAGACAGUCAAAAAUGAUCGGGCCGGUGGUGCGGCGGAUGAUUACCAACAGGGCAUCAGGCAGAAUCAGAUCCUACUUCUGGCCAGACUGAAGCGACUUGCUGGCUCCGACAAGGCCAUGCAGCUGGUACGAGAUGCUUUGAAGAAGGCCAAGCGGGCCAAAAAGCGCGCUGCUCCCAAGCAGGCCAUCCCGCGAUCAGCCGAAGUAGCCUCGUCCACUGAAGUCACUGCGGAGAGUGUCACUUCGCCCAUUAGUGAGACAUUCAACAAUAUUGAUAGUACGGUCCUGCAGGAUCUGGAUCGGCAACGAGUCUCCCCGCAUGAGCGAUUCACUCAAGUUCUCACAGCGCUCCCGGAGAAUCGCACUUUGGUCCAUGAACUCCUCAUAAACAAGGAAUUCAAGAUCGAUGAGACACAGUAUACAGAGCCUCGCAUGCAGAUCAUGAAACAUAUGUGUGACAUGAUGAGGAAAGAUGUGGAGGCUGGGCUGGGCACGAAUUGGACCAUUGCCAUGGCCACGGUGAUUCAAGAUCGACUACUACGGUCGCUCCGACCGGGUAACUCACUCCAUGUGCUUAUUAGUGAGGUUCUCGAUCCAAAGUUAGUUGAGAAUCAAUGCAAGGCAGGCACCUUUUCCUAUGAUGCUUUUUUUGAAUUUAUGAACACCAUUCUGCCUAAGCUGUGUGCUCCAUAUCGCGACCCUGAAGUUCAACGAUUUGCUGAUGACACGUCCGGGGAUGCGAUCGAUCGACUAGCCAGAUUGAUGGCAAUAAUUGAUCUGCUCUCACUGGAUCACACGAACUUCAUGAUUCAAAUCGCUGCACCUCAGCUUAUUCAAGAGGCGCCGGGAUACGAGCAAAGAACUUUUGAAAGGGGCCUCCAGGACGGAUUCAUUGGCUUGGGAAAGAGCCGGCGCUUCUGGCGCACCCACCGGAAGAUGAUUGUGGAUGAGAUGAGGAAGCGUGAUCCAGAAAAUGUCCACGGGGAACCAAAUCCCGCAGCCCCGAAGAUAUAUGCCCAGGGCCUCGUUGAUCUCGUCUUCACUAAUGCAGCCGUGUCUGAUGAUCUGAUCCCCGAGACCUUGGAUCUCGACCGCCAGCGACUGGGUAGAUUACACGCUCAGGCUUUUAGAAUCGUAGCCACGGCCUCUAUCCUUUUGACAGCAAAAAACCUACUCAAGCGUGAUGUGCGGUCACAAUGGAAGGCCGAAGCUGACCGGAUUCUAUCUUUGGACUUCAACGAAAUCACGCCGGAGCGAGUUCGGUCAAUUCUAGAAUCGACCCAUCCGAUGCCUUCCAGUGCAAGUUCACAGCUGGCAGCGACCAUUCGAAGGGUUCUGGCUCCCGUUGCCACUGCUUGUGCCACAGCGUUACCCUCUGUGACAUCGCCAACAUCGGUUGAGGUACAACCCGACUUGUCGAAGCAGGAGUCGUUGUCUGUUACAGAGCCGGCGAUUGCAUCGGACUCUAAUGGGGGCGGGCUAGCUACGUCCGCAACCAGCUUCACGGACCCCGUUGCCCGGCUCAUCCUGUCUCGCCUCCGCACUCACGUCUUCUAUCGUCUCAGUGCAUCGAACGCCAGUGAACGGGUGCGGGCCACGACGACUGCCAGCCAGAGUUUAGCGGGCGCAGGGAUGCCGGAGUUUGUUAACGACGUUGGAAAACUGGUGGAAGAAUUGGAGAAGGUGCGAGAGGUGGAUUGGCUUUGCCAUGGCAUGGUGUAUGAACAGCUAUUGGGGGAAGGCAUUUCUCCAGGAUCGGUACAGGGAUAGACCAAGGCGUUCAGUUGGUUUUGUGUUACGCAUUUCUGGCAUGACUUUCUAAUUAUACGAUCAGGGCUCAGUGCAAGCGCAAUGUGAUGGAUCCAUGCAAUAAGGGGAAAUUCGGUUUAUAUUGUAUUUUUUGCAUGCGGUGGUUUGGAUACCAUCAAGUCGUCGCGAUGUUUUGAUAUAGUUUAAAACACAAUAAUUGGAAGAUAUGUUCCAGCAUCCAACCCUUGGUUAUGUGCUUAUUGUUUAUUUUUUUUUUUUUU